AUGGACAUGGACACGGCUAUGGCCUCCACCGAGCAGCAGCAGCAGCCGCCUGCCCAGCAGCAGCCUCCUGCGAAUGGUUAUGUGGGCGGCGGAGCGACGAAUACCCCAGCCCAAGGAGUGAAUUCUCUGCCCAACAACCAAACACCAGGCCAUCCAAGCUUUAGAAGGCAGCGUGCAUCGAGAGCGUGCGAGGUGCGAUGUGACGCCGCCAGUUUGGGAGUGCCAUGCACCAACUGCGUCGCCUUCUCGAUAGAAUGCAAAAUCCCGACGCCGAAACGCAAGAAGACGCAAGUCGGGAAGGCAAAAGAUUCUGACAGUGAUCGUGGGGAGACGUUGGACGACCGCUCUGCACGAACCGAUUCGCCGACCACAAAUGGACGGAGUGUGAGCAUCGUCAACACGCAGGAGGGCACGCCUUCGUCCGCAAUGACGGAUGCACAGAUCCGACAGCGGACUGAUGAUGAAUCGACGUACGCGCAAUUUAUGAAGCCGAAGUUUACAAGAGCUCCGAUUAAAGAUGCGGGGAGGGUGGCAUAUCUGGGGGAGUCCUCGAACUUGACACUACUUGUCCAUGAUCGCCAUGGGACGGCAGAUGUGGUACACUACCCGUUACCAGAGAAUAUCAGAGGGACCCGUGCCAGACUGACCGAGUUGGACAAUGUGGAGAUCGACAUCCUUCAUCAGCGAGGGGCAUUCCUAUUACCGCCCAGAAAUCUCUGUGACGAACUGGUCGACGCAUACUUCAAGUGGGUGGCUCCUAUCGUCCCGGUCAUCAAUCGAAAUCGGUUUAUGAAGCAGUACCGCGAUCCCAAGAAUCCACCUUCGCUGCUCCUGCUGCAGGCAAUCCUGCUAGCGGGGUCGAGAGUCUGUACCAACCCACAGCUCAUGGAUGCGAAUGGCUCGACAACACCAGCUGCUUUGACGUUCUAUAAACGAGCGAAAGCGCUGUACGAUGCUAAUUAUGAAGAUGAUCGAGUGACGAUUGUCCAGGCCCUUGUGCUUAUGGGCUGGUAUUGGGAGGGUCCAGAAGAUGUGACGAAGAACGUCUUUUACUGGAGCCGAGUCGCCACGAUCGUAGCGCAAGGAUCGGGUAUGCAUCGGAGUGUCGAGCAGUCCCAGCUCAAUAAGCCCGACAAGAGGUUGUGGAAACGUAUUUGGUGGACUCUGUUCACUCGUGAUCGCUCCGUCGCUGUUGCAUUGGGCCGUCCGGUUCACAUCAACACGGACGAUUCGGAUGUUGAAAUGGUUUCUGCGGAAGAUUUUCUCGAAGAGGAGGAUGGUCAACAGAGCGAAUUCCCCCCAGAUCCCCUGCACGUGCAAUUCUUCUUGCAAUAUGUGAAGCUGUGCGAAAUCAUGGGACUCGUCCUCUCGCAGCAGUAUUCUGUGGCCUCGAAAGCUCGCCGCCAGAAUGCUAUCGACCUCACCCAUAGUGAUAUGGCCCUGGCAGAUUGGCUUCAAAAUUGUCCUAAAGAGAUCUACUGGGAAUCGUCAAGGCAUCACUUCUGGGCCGCGUUGCUCCACUCCAACUAUUAUACCACGCUAUGUUUACUACAUCGCGCACAUAUGCCACCGGCGUCUAACAGGCCUGGGAUGGAUAGUACUUCCUACCCCUCACGAAAUAUUGCGUUCCAAGCUGCUGCAAUGAUAACCUCGAUUAUCGAGAACCUCAGCGCACACGACGAGCUUCGCUACUGCCCGGCCUUCGUUGUGUAUAGCCUGUUCUCUGCGCUUAUCAUGCACGUUUACCAGAUGCGGUCGUCGAACCCAUCGGUGGUCCAGGCAACCCAAGAACGGUUGCAGAUAUGCAUGAGUGCUCUGAAGGAUGUUUCAAGGGUAUGGCUUGUUGCGAAGAUGGUAUAUACUCUUUUUGAAUCGAUAUUGGGGAAUAAAGUACUGGAGGAGAGGCUACAAAAGGCUGCGGGCAAGCGUCACAAGAAGAUGGCUCAAAGCAUCUCCCAUGGGAUGGCGCAGACACAGGUCAAGAAAGAAGAGCCGGCAAGCAAACGGAAGUAUGAUGAUAUGGCGCUUGACUUCGGGGUGAACAGCGCACCAGCGCCUCAAGAAUCCUAUGAACGAUCUCGACCCCAAACACCGAGCCAUACACCUUCACGGGAACUGGGUCAAGGUGGUGGCCCAAUGGCACCUCCCGUAACAUCCCCAAAUUCAAGGCAAAAUACAGAUACCUUCAUGGGCGGAACGAACUCUCGUCCCCAAACCAGGCCCCCAACACCAUUCAACCCAUCCUUCUCCGUACCAGCCACGCCUCCAGAUCUCUACCUUGUUACCCGAAACUCGCCGAAUCUAUCGCAGUCUGUUUGGGAAAACUUCCAGCCUGACCUAUUGUUCCCUGAAGGCUCAACUAGUAUGCAUGGAAAUCAGUUCUCGCCACAACAACCUCACCACAACUUGGAUCCCAAUCUCAUGUCCUCUCACAUGAACAUGCAGCAGCAGCAGUUGCCAACUCAUCCUCAAGGUGCACAGAUGCCUCAAAGGAUGCGAGGGUCACCGCAAGUUGGCAUGGCCACAAGUCCACCGCAAACCAAUAUGCUUCAGCCUGGAACCCCAGGUUAUCAGCAAGUUCAGCCAGGCAUGUGGCAAGGCUUUGAUCAGCCCAUGCACGAUGCUCAGGGGCAGAGCCCGAGUGACACGUUGAGUCAAUCAUCGGCGCCGGCAGUUCCUAUGACUAUGAAUGUAGAAGAUUGGUUUCAAUUCUUCGGCAUCAAUGGUGAUCUUAGCGGCUUGAAUGGUGAUGCCCCCCUUGCCUAA